AUGACGUUACCUUCGCAACCAGCCAAACCACCCUCAUGGUAUACGUCGGCUACAGCAACAGCAGCAACAGCAAGGCCCCUUCAGACAGCUAUCCACAACACACAACCUUAUCGCAAUGCUGUUCAAAGCAAAAGGAAAAAGGCCAAAGAAGUAACAUCGGUGGGAGGAAGCACAGCCAUUGCCCGAUCGCUCAUGAUGCAAGGCUUGUACCUGUUUUAUCGUACACCCGUCAAGUUGUUUCGACCAUUGAGAGUGGAUUAUUUGAUUAUGGCAAGAGCAAUCAUGCCUCCUUUGGAUGAAGCAUCUUCAAAACGAUUCUCUUUUCGAUACACAUCUAUCGGCAUGAUAUCGCACGCUGUCAAGAAACAAGGUUGGAACUUCAUCCCAAGACAUGUCCUGCCUCCACUGAUAGCAAAUACCGUCAUUGGCACCGUUCUUUAUACGACUUACAUCGCCACCUUACCCAUGUUCCAUCCACCUUCAUCAUUCCAACUUCAUCGUCCAUUUCCUCCUCCUCCUUUCACUUCUGUAUUCAUGGCUGGUUGUAUUGCUGGUGCCAUGCAAUCCAUUGUUGCUGCUCCUCUCGACUCAGUCAAGAUUCGCUUUGAAGUGAGUGAUCUCUUGGAAGGCAAACACAGAUCCAUGUAUCAGUACGCCAAAUCAACAUUGAAAGAGUUGGGGAUUGCAAGUGCCUAUCGUGGUUUUGGUCUUACCCUUGUCAGAGAUUCUCUCUCCUGUGGAUUAUUCUUCGCUACAUUCGAAUGGGUCAAGCAGCAAGGCUAUUAUUAUUUCUUGGAUGAGAUGUAUGGACUUCAGGUGGAUUCUCGAAAGACAUUGAAUGAUUUGGAAGGAUUACAUCGAUCGGAUACACCAUCCACCGUAUCAACGACAAACAAAGAACGACCUCCUCUAUUAUUGGAACCCAUCUUUGUUAUCCUGGCAGGUGCAGCGGCUGCAGUGGCAUACCAAGUUAUCGAGCAUCCUUUAUCCAAAAUCCACAGCAUAUUUUAUAUUGAAGAAGGGCAAUCGGAAUUCGCACAUAAGGAAAGUAAAGAGUCAGGGCGUGAGCUUUAUCGACGGACUUGGGAGCAAUGCAAGCUGCAAGUGCGGUUAAAUGGUGGUAGCUGGCGUAGGUUUCUUUAUCAAGAAUUUGCAGGCACAGUGCUCAAGGUCGUCCCGGCAACCAGUAUUGGCUUCCUUGUAUUUGAAUUAGUGAAACGAGAGGUUGACUUUAGAAGUCUUGCGCUAUUAGAAGAGGAAGAAGAGGAGGUGGAGGAGGAAUAG